ACAGGAGGAAGAACGCAAUGUGGAAUUUAACUUCAAUUUUAAUUUUGGUUUUAGUUUUUGCCUGGUCUACUGAUGCUGUUAAAAAUCCGAGAGGAAUAAAAACACCUGGCAGAUUUGCGAGUCAUAGUAAAAGCGCCCGUUAUGGAUCUCCUGAUCCCGAAGUAAAUCGUCGUCUUGCUGGUAUUGCUAGGCAAAUGCUGCGCCAAUAUCAUUGGGGCGCUUUUGGUGUACUAUCAGACUAUUGGGAAACUUACGAUUAUCCUUUUGUUACACCCAAAAUGUUUGCUGAAGGAAAUUCUACUUACAGCUCCGGUAUGCCUUACUUUUUCCUGUCCCCUGAUUACUACGUUACACAGCAUCUUGAGCAUAGUCACAAAGUAUCAUUCUCCGUCAGUCGUAUGCAAAGUGGUGAAUGUAAGGAGGAUGGAAUUGAUGUCCAAAAUCCUCGGUGUUUUUUUGUUGUAUUCAACGGAAAUUUCACUAAAUUAGAGAGAGGUACUCCCGAAUAUGAAGAAGGAUACCAAUUUUUGACAGAAAAAUAUCCAAGAAUAGAAACCACUCCAAAUAAAGAAAACUAUGUAAUAGGAUACAUCAGUUUGAUCGAUGUUAUGAUAGUUGCUGGUAAGGAAGAAUUGGAAUGCAUUCCUAUGGGCGCUUAUCAUAAUACACCCCCAAAUGAAAAUUAUGAAGAAGAAGAAUUUGGUUCGACUUCGUCAAAAACAUUAACCAAUAAAAAAACUAACAGAAAAAUAAAUCGUAAACGAAAUGCACAUGUGUAAUGUUGACAACGAGGUUUUAAUAUUUAUCACAUAAAAACACUUUUUUGAAACAAUAAUCCCCAUACUCUUGAAGACCAA